GUGUGUGCAAGAGGGAGACAGAAAGAGAAAGAAGGAACAAGAACGUGAAGAUGUUUUUAUUAUUUUAGCACCUUUAUUAUUUUAACUGAUCUCUACUGUAUAUUAUGUAAUCUGUUACUAUAUCCAGGAAUAGGCCGACUUAAAUUAGUCUGCGACAUUGCGGUCAUGUGAGAGGGUGGAGCUGUUAGGAUGAACGUAUAUCAGCUAUUCUUGGUGACAAUCUAGAUGUGAAAGGGUAUGAACACCAACAUGCUUGUCAUAGAAAGGAGAAGGAUCAUCUCUGAGUCGGUCUUCAGUCUGCGUGGAAAAUCUACUCUUGUAUUCAUGUUUUUGCUGUUUGGACAAGUUGCAUCUGAACAUAUAGUCACUGGCAUUAUAGGAGAAUCUGUCCUGUUACCCUGUGACCUGAAUUUAUCCAUCAACCCAGCAAGACUCCGGUUCCAUUGGCAAGAUCAUUCAGACGUUGUGUUGUACUCUUUCAACGCAAGAGUUGAGCAAGAAUAUCAGAAUAAACUUUACACAAACAGGACUAACGCCUUUCAGGUUGAGAUGAGUUCUGGAAAUAUCUCUAUCGAACUCAGGCAAGUAACACCUCAAGACAACCAGAAAACCUACUGGGCUUUCGCGUUGCUGUUCGACAGAAAUGAUCAACCUAUCUAUUUCACCAAAGUGUGUCAGACUACUCUGCUUGUCGCAGCACGGUUUCUGACACCCAAAUUGACUGUGAAGUACAAAGUGAUGAAUGCAAUGUGUUUGACCCAGGGAGGCUACCCCAAACCAAAAGUCACAUGGACUAUCCAGGACCUCUCUCAGCCUCAGAACGGCACUCUGGAACCCAGGGAAGUACAGACCAACUUUACACUUGAUCCUGAAAGUGGACUGUACACUGUCUGGAGCCAAGUGAAUUUCACAGAGAAUUACAUAGAUAAUCAUUCUGUGACCUGCCAGGUGUUCAACCCCGUUCUGAGAGAGACUGUGAGCAACACAACCAUCAUCCGCACAAGUGAAGGCCUUUCUCUCAGUGCUAUUGUAGGCAUCACACUAUUGAUGCUGAUUUGCGUUGGGGGAAUAAUUUUUGUUUACAAACAAUGUUGUGGAACCAGUGGAGUUAAAGCUACAGCAAACAGUGUUGCUGCAGGAUCCAGCGAGGGUGCCGCAGGAGGUGUUGAGGAGCACAGCAAUCUGAUGUCUUCCACAACAAGCCAGGCUUUGGGCAAUUGUAGUGUUGUUCAAGGUGAUGGAGCAACAGCAAUCAAUAGUGGUGAAGCAACAGUUGACAACACUAAUGGUGCUGCCACAGAAGAUGUUACUGAACCAGUGGAUGACAUGGCAACUGUCAUGACUGGCCUGGUCGGGUCAGGUUACCGUGGACCACAAUCCUACAGGGACAUCUCUCACACCCACCAGAGGGGAGAGAUCGAGAGGUAUGGAGGUGUUUUUUUUUAAUGACACCUCACACGCAUUGUAAUUCUUAAGCAGUAGACAAAAUCCCUUUGUCGCAGAGUGUGGAGGAAUGGAAUGUAUGAUGGGACUAUGGAGAACCUACCUCAGAACAGUAACAUGCAAGAAAUUGACUUUGGGACAAUCUGUUUCGUCAGCCAAAAUGGUGGUACAGUGGUUGCUCCACUAAAAGUUUUUGCAAUUAUGCUGCGGGAUUAGAGGUAAUUUAUGGUUUAGUAUGGUACCCUGCGUCACUACUUCAUUGCUCCAGACCAGCACAAGGGGGAGUUAGAGCACUGAUUAUGCUUUUGGGUCCCAAUGCUGGUUCAAUACCCGUGCCGGCCUCAACUGGGAGACCCAUGAGAUGACUAGGUUUUGGGAUUCUCAUUAAUAAAUCAUUCUAAAUAAUAAUAAUCAUUAUUCUAAUAAGUAUUAUCAUUAUUAUUAUGUAUCACAUCCGACCGUGAUUGGGAGUCCCAUAAGACUUAGAGCGUUUCUCUCCCUCUAAAAACAUAAAUAAAUGUUUUGGCCUUUACAAAUAUUAUUUUGGCCUUUAUUCAGAUUACAAUCACUUAUUUUAGUUUUUUUGAAAACGAAAUAACCUCAAAAAUAUCAUUAUAUAUUAUCAAGUUGAUGGCACAGUCAUAGAGCCAGCACCUAACAUAAAGCUGAGUGACUCACUCAUUCAUGGCUUUGGAUCAAAAUAAAUAAGUUCCAACAUUCUUUCUGAUAGUCUUUAAUAAAGAAAUGUUUUGGUUCUCCUGACCUGGACACCAUGUACAGUAGUAUAAAAGCCCUCCUGAUUGGCACAGAAGUCUAAGAUCCUGCAUCGCAGUGCAAAAUGAAUUGCUACAGAUGUAGGUUUGAUACCCUUGCCGGAAGACCCAUAUGUAAUUAUCGACGAUCAUAUUUUUUGAUAUACUGUAGGCCUACAGUAGGCGACAUGAGUCUGACUAGUGUUGAGUAAUGUGCUGUUAAAAGUGGUGUGGGUCUUAUUUAUUUAAAGAGCAUAUUGCAGUUACAAGCAAUAGGAUUUGAAGCAAUAGCCUACAACUAUUUUAGCACUUUCACGCUGCUCUGAGACAAGCAUGGGGACUGAUCUUGAUAAAUCAAUGAGAUUUACACUGAAUCUCCGUUUGGGUAUUCGUUAAACUACAAUUAUACAAUAAAGGUGGAGAAAUGUUUUGCUCUUAGUGCAGCAGUCGGUUCAGAACAAAUUCUUAUUUACAAAGACAGCCUACUCCUUCCCCCACAUCGGGGAAUUGAACCCCGGUCUCCCACGUACCUGCACAACAAGGGGAUUAGUUUGCUAAAUAGCCCAGUACUGUAGCCUACUCACGACCGUCACGUUGUACAGUAUCAUAUUUUCCGUUCCAUCCAAACGGAAAGCCAGAGUAUUAUUUUUUUUUUCUUGGAAUAGAAACACUAUAAUAUUAAUCAAAUGAAAUAAGCAAAAUGCCUAAAAAUUAGUCCCAUAUACAAUGUUCCUACAACAAGAUUUUAAAUUCUCUAGUACAGCACUAUUGAAGGCUAUAAAAUGUUUCUCAAAGAUUCCCUCUGGUGGUCAAACUAGCACUAACUAGCUUUAAUGGUUAUUAUGGCUGCCACUUAGAUAACGUGCCAAAUUACAAACAACUGUAAUGACGAUAGAUGAAUUUGAAAAUUAAUGUUGUUUUUGUUAUUUUUAAACGUAAAUGACGACAUAACAAAACAUUGUAACUUGAAGAGUUUUCAUAAUAUGUACCUGAUGUUUGUAUACUGUACUUUGUGUGAAAAAUGUCCAGAUCAAAGAGAAUGUUUUAGUUGUUGUCUAAAUUGGAUCUGAGUAAAAUCCAGACCUUGCCUCGUAACAAGUGGCGCCCAGAGAACUUGCCAUGAAGACGGAAAUGCCCCUUUCUGACCUGAGGGUAUAAAACAUGUGAGUUAAGAAUUAACAUAUCAGACUAGGUGACCACGAGCUGCAGCCAAGGUCUGAUCAGUUGUAACCCCAAAAUGCAACACGAGGUUGAAGACAAAGAAACCUUUUAAAAAUCUAUGCUACGAAUGAGGGUGAAUUCAAGCAGGACCACCCGGUUACCACUCUCCAAGGAAUCGUGUCAACACUGCUUUCAUUCCUACGCUGGAGCCCUGAACUACAUGGCUGACCAUACUCAGAAGACCCCUUUUCAGAACAAGGGCUAGGAAACAGACCACUAAGAGAAAAGACACUGACAUCGUGUGGACAAUCAGAGAAUUACACCUGGUAACCAAAGAAGUGCGGUCAUCAGAGGAGAAGGCGAAUCCGGUCUACAAAGAGAUACCCCAUCAGAGACAUUCGACAAGUAAUUACAUCAUUAUAUUCUGACCCAUAAGAACGGCAGUUUGGGGCAAGGUGUUAGGGCUAAAAUAAGCAUAGUUUACAAAUGUAUCCAAGUGUACUUUUCUCUCAUGCCCUCUCUUUUUUAAAUCCCCAUUGUGUUGGCCCGCUAAGAACCUGUUUCAUUGUACUAAGUUCUAAUCAAUAGCCCAGACUGUGUGUUUGUGUAUCUUAUAUUAUCAUUUUAUCUUGUUAGUAAAUAAAUAAUCAACUCAA